AUGGGGUUCUCAGCAGUCUGCAACCGGGGCUGUUUUUUACUCAGCGGUACAAUCCAAAGGCGCCUGAAGCAGCACAAAGCCUUUGAUGCCGACUUUGACAAGAAGCUCUUGGAGGAGGCCAGGAAAUGGAAAGAGAAGUUUACAAUCAAUCAGUUGCCCCAGGGACAGACCACCUAUGCGCGGUCUAGCGGCCCUGGUGGGCAGCAUGUAAACAAGACUGAAACCAAGGCCAUCACCGCAUGGCCCCUCCCCCAGCUAUUGUCUUAUCUGCCCAAGAUUAUGCAUGAUGCUGUCCGUCAGUCCAAGUACUACUCCAAGCGAAGUGACGCCCUGGUCUUUCAGGCCCAGACGGAACGUAGCCGCAGCCUGAAUGAGGCAGAGAACAUGUCGAAGCUCUGGGAGGAAAUCCAGGCCAUCUACCGUGCAGUUGUCCCCAACGAAACCAGCCCAGAUAAAUACAAAAAAUAUGCAGAGCUAGAGAAGAAAGCCAGGGAGUCGCGGCUCCAAAGUAAAAAGGCAAAGAGCGCUAAAAAGGCGGCGAGGAGAGGCUCCGAUGACUGA